AUGCCUCACGAGGUGAAACUCUCCGCGCCGCCUGUGGCGACCCUGUCAGCCCGGGAGAAGCCUAGCACGACCGAUCCGCCACAGCGUUCACCAUCCCUGCCGUACUGGCUGGUCAAUGUCCCGCGCGCCAAAUGGCCGACCGAGUGCCCUAGUUUCCUGCGCAACCAGUCCGAGAAGAACAUUGGCAUCCUCGCGACCCCGGACGAGGCGUAUGUUCCGCAAGGGUGGGAGGUGGUCAAGGAGAUCGUAGCGACCAACCGGAUUGAUCGGUUCCAGCGCCUCCCCAGUAGUCUGCGGAAGUAUCUGGAAUACAAGGAGCGCAUCGUGGCCGAGUAUGGCUCGAUCAUGCGGUUUAUCAUCAGGGAGCGUCUCCGCUGGGGAGAUGGAAAGGCCGAGGACCUGAAGGCACGGGGACGGCCAUUCGAGUUUGAGGAGGAUAUGCGGAUUCUCUACAAUGACUGGCCGUAUGGGGUCGAGGAGGGGAUUGUGCAUCUAGUGGUCUGGACCAAGUUCGCCCUGGAGGAUGACCCAGCAACGGGGGAUUUGACACCGCGCGCGAGACAGGAGAUUGAUGAUUAUGUGACGAAAGUGUUCCGAUCGCGGAUGCCCGCGGAUGAAGUGAUCUGGUUCCGAAACUGGCAGUCCCUCAAGUCCGUCCAUGCGGUUGAACAUUUCCAUGUCAUGCUCCAUCAUCCGGAUGAGGCGUUUCUGAAGGAGAUCACGCAGGGGGAUGUUCCGUUGCAUGCACGAGUGGAAGAGUAG